AGUGUGCUGACGGCCAUCUUUAUUAGGGGCAGAAGCCGCGGCUACGAAGAGCGAGUGAGGCCACGAAACUGUCGACUGCAAGCUGGUGAAUCCAGGCGCCCGCGGGUGUGGAGCGCCGCGGGAUGCGGGGAGGUGUCGGGCGUUAGGUUCGUUUGGGAACCGCCGUACUAUGGCCUGGGCACCCCGAUCCGGUGGCCUUCUACUUCCUCUCUCUAACGUACCACCGUCGUGGGCGCAUCCUGUGAGCGCUGGGAAUGAGCGGGGCGAGGGGAGUCGCGGAGGGCCUGGGCUGCUCGCUGCGGGGGGCGUCCCGCGCCGGGACUCCGACAGACAGCCGUGGGAGCCCACAUCGGCCAACGGCCCGAUGCCCUUCGCUCUGCAGCGGCUCCGGGCCACGUUGCUCCGUCUGCACCGCGAGCGGGAGCAGCUCCUGCGGGCCCGGGACUGCGCCCGCCACCUACAGGCGGUCGUGCGGCUGCUCCGCUCCAGCCCGUCGGCUAGUGCCCUCUCCCUGCAGCAGCUGCACGGCGACCUGCAGCUGUGCCCUUCGCGUGGGGCGGCUCUGCGCCUCGGCCUCCCGGGCUCCACCGAGUCGCUUCUCCUGGCUCGUCCCGUCGGGCUAGCAGCGCAGCGCCUGGAUGCUGCCAUUGAGAUGCAGCUUCGCGCCCUAGGUCGGGCACCCGCCAGCCUGGGCCUGACGUCCCAGCUAGCCGAACUGUUGCUGGUCCUUCCCUUCUACCACACGCUACAGAGACAAGUCGUGAGCUGCGUUCCUGGGGCCGCGCGCCCAUUCCCCGCGACCCGUGUACUCCAUCUCUUGGCUGCUGAGCGGGGUUGUCAGGUGGCACACAGACUGGCUGAGGCCCUUGGUGGCUCGAGUUUACAAGACCAACUCCGUCGGCAGUGCGACGAGGAACGAGAGCUGCUGCCAGGGCUGCUCGGUCUAAUAGGGGGCGUGGCUAGCACCGACAGCAGUGGACUGAGGCUCGGAGGGCCCGGAGCCCUGUGGAGCCAGUAUUGGACCUUGUUGUGGUCAGCCUGUGCUCAGAGUCUGGAACUAAGCGUGGGACCCUGGGGGGACCCCAGAGCAGUGGCCCAACAGCUGAGUCAGGCACUGUGUCAAGCAUCCCUGCCUCAGGAGUGUGAGAAGGAGCUGUUGUCUCUGUGUCACAGCCUGCAUCAUCAGUCUCUUGUAUGGAGCUGGGACCAAGGGUUCUGCCAGGCCUUGGGCUCAUCCCUGGCGGGUCAAAGCAGCCCUGUUUCACUAUCUCAGACUGCUGAGCUGUUGCAGCGGCUUUUUCCUCCGCUUUUGGACACCCUUCGAGAGCCUAAGUCGGAACUUAGCCUGUGUCUUCCUCCAGGUCCUGCACCUGUUGCUCUGGGGCUCUGUACCCUGCAGACAACCUUGAUCUGGUUCUUGGGCAGAGCUCAGCAUCACCUGGCAGCCUGGGCCCCUGGCUCCUUCCUGCUCCUGAUCCAAAAGGAUUUGCCUCCUCUACUGCGUGUAGUGGAAGAUCUGUCCAGCGUGGCCUCGGAGGCAACCUUAACCCUGGAUGUGGAGCAGCAGCUGGGCCUGGAGAUCCAGAAGCUAACUGCAAAGAUGCAGCUCUUGCCCGAAGAGUCGCUGAGUCUCUUUUUCCAAGAAUGCCAUAAACAAGCCACACAGGGCUUCAAGAUCCACAUGCCAAGGGGUCGAUACUGGAGGCUUCGACUGUGCCCUGAACAUCCCAGUGCUCCUAGUGAGUAUGCAGGGAUGGUGGUCUGCACUGUGCUGGAGCCUGUGUUGCAAGGACUGCAGGGAUUGCCACCCGAAGCCCAAGUCCCCGCCCUCAGCCAGGCACUGACAGCCAUACUGGGUGCCUGGCUUGACCACAUCCUCACCCAUGGGAUCCGGUUCAGUCUGCAGGGGGCGCUGCAGCUCAAACAAGACUUCGGAGUGGUCAGGGCAGUUCUGGAACAGGAGCAGUGGGGCCUGGCUCAGGAGCUUCGCCAGACUCUACUCUCACUCAGCAUCUUCCAGCGGCUAGAUGGGGCCCUGCUGUGUCUACUGCAGCAGCCCCUGCCCAAGAAUCCAGGCCACAGAAGACCUUCCUGUUGUUGUUUUUGUAAUGAAGUCCAGACUACUGAACUGCCCACCAGCAACCUCAACAGCCUGGAGAACUUGGCACCCCCUCUACGGCCUGGAGUCUCCCCAGCUCAGAACAUGCACCUGCGAAGCACCCUAGGAGGAGGAGGAGGACCCAGUCCUGAGGCUUACCUGGCUGGAAACCAGCAGGCCUGGCUUGCCCUAAGACUGCACUCUCACCCUCGGUGGCACCUAUCCUUUCUUUCCUGCCUGGGAACAAGCCCUGAGCCCUAG